AAACGUUAGUGGUGAAUGUGCCCGUUCAGCAUUUUCUGUGUCUAAGGCACGAGCACGUGACUGCGCGCAGCCGCGUGGAGGCGGAGCUAAACAGUUCACUGCAGUUUCACUUUGGUCUGUGUGCCUGAUUUGUAGUUCAGCGGAGAACUGUGUACAGCGAGUCAAGGUCAAGGCUUAAAGCUGCUCAGUCCAGAGCCACAAGGCAUCUUUCCUCUGUCCACCAUCAUCUCAGGGAAUACGGCUACAGUGAAUAGAAGUGGGGUUAGAUCAACUCCCACUUUUCCACAUUAGUUCACUGCUGCCUCUUGGGUAAAUUGAAUAUUGUGCUUACAGACACAACACAAAUGUCAGCAGAAAAGAUGGAGACAACAAGUGUGCCCAGUGGAGCAGAGCUUGCGUAUGAGGAGAAUGGCGGCUCACUCAGACCUGAGGAUCUCUCUGAGAUGCUGGCAGCAGGGACCAAAGAAGUCCACGAGAAGGCUGAGAACACCCAGUUUGUGAAGGAUUUCCUCAGAGGACGCAUCCGCAAAGAACUUUUUAAGCUUGGUGCUGUGGCGCUCUACUACACGUACACUGCCAUGGAGGAAGAAAUUGAAAAAAACAAGGACCAUCCCCAUUUUGCACCCCUUUAUUUUCCUACGGAGCUGCAUCGUCAUGAAGCACUGGCUCGGGAUCUGGAAUACUUUUAUGGCCCAGAAUGGCAGAGUCAGAUAAGCUGCUCCCAGGCCACUCAGCGCUAUGUGGACCGGAUCCACCAAGUAGGCCAGGAGGACCCAGUGCUGCUGGUGGCCCACGCUUAUACCCGCUAUAUGGGUGAUCUCUCUGGUGGCCAGGUGCUUAAGAAGGUAGCACAGAGAGCCUUAAAGCUACCUUCCACAGGAGAAGGCUUGGAGUUCUAUCAGUUUGACUCUAUCCAUAGCGCUAAAGAAUUUAAGCAGCUCUACCGCAGUCGGAUGAAUGAGCUUGAGCUGCAAAUGGAGAUAAAGAAGAAGCUGGUGGAGGAGGCUGUCAAGGCUUUUCAGUUCAACAUGGAGGUUUUUGAGGAGUUAGAAGAAAUUGGUAAAACCAUCCAGGAGGAUGUUUUAGAUGCUGGCAUGUCUGUCCAUGGAGCAAUGGGAGGAGACAUCAGCAAAUGUCCCUACUAUGCUGCAAAAAUGGCGGCUUCGGGUGGAACAGCAUACGCCUGUCAGCUCGCCAUGGCUGUACUCCGGCACCCAACUGGACAGGUCCUGUUUGCUACGUGGUUUGCUGCUCUGGCUGGAUUGGCUGCAUGGUAUCUUAUGUGAUUCUUGAGCCUGCAACAGUCUCACACACACACAACACACAGGCGCACACACAUACACACAGUAUUAAGACUAGAAUAUUCCCACAAACUGCGGAUCACAGUUUCAAAUGAGGCACUGUUAAUCUAAUGUUAUGCCAUUGCUGAGGAAGCUGACAAGACAUAGGACCAUUAUAACAUUAACUCCAUCCAUUUAUCCAUCUAACUGCACCUUAACCUUCAUAAGUCUUUCUUCUCUGUUUGCUUUAUAUCUCUACCUCCUUUUGUGCUAUCCCUCCAUACUGUAGUUGUUUUUCGAUAUGAUCACAGACACAAACAGCUGAAUAAAAAUUUUCUUUAUUUCACUUUCUCACAAAUUACAUUACAUUACAUUACAUAUAGUCGAUAGUAACAUGGUGAGUACGGUUAGUAAAACACAUAAAAAGAACAACCCACAGUUACCAAUUAAUGAGGGCUUUUGUGUUUGCAUCGUGAGGCAUUUGAUGAGAGAGCACAAGCAUUUAUUGCUUAAAACUGUUCCUGAAAAGUUCCAAAUGUAAAUGAAAAAUAUAGAGCAGGAUUUAUUAUUCAUACUUUAUUUCCUGAGAGUUUAUACUUGUGUAAUUUGCAGAAUAUCAGGAAUCAGGAAAUCUUUUCCUAAAUAUAGCACAUACACUUUAAGUGUAAAAUUAAUAAACAGCUUUUAAAUACACUGUAUAUUUGAAUCUCUACUGAUGCAUGUUCUGACGCACUGCUGUAUUGCCUGUUUCACCGCUUCAUAUAAAACGCCUGAUUUCAGUUUAAAAGCUUAAACAUAAAAGAUAAAUGAUUCGCUGAUGCCACUUUACCUGCCUAUAUUAGGAGGAAAGUGUUGGAGAGGGUGUCUGCACAUGUUUUAAACAGAUAUUGUAUAAUAGUAAAGGUUUGUCUCCAGUUUUAUAGUAGACAAGUAGUUUAUCUACAUGGUGGCUAAAUAAACCAAGUGUUGUUAAAUUCCCAGGUAGGUCUUCAGCAGCUCUACUACAGUUAUGUGUCAAUGGUGGAUUUACCAGCAAAACCAAUUAUCCAUACUGUGUGUUUGGAUUUUUCCUAUUGUAUUGCACAACUUGGUUAUUUUUGAAGCAGAGGAUGGAAAUCCUUGUGAUAUUUAGACUGUAUGCAGAGUAAUUGCAUAGUUUAGUUUAACCUGACACAUUAAUAAUAGAAACCUGGUGAUGACCUGUCAAACAGCUUCUUGUGAAGUGUACAUACAUACUGUGCAGUUUUUCUCUAUUGGCUACAGUCAUUUAAAACAACAGCUGUAUUGCAGCUGUUUGAUGACAGACAUGACGUAUAGGUGAUGUGUUUUGAGUUUGAAGGUCAGAUGGCAGUGCAAUGCAUUGCAUUGCAUAGAGAGGACAAACACAGGGACUGCCAAAUCCCUGUAGCGUCCAUACUUAGAUAUUUUUCGAUGUCACAUGUUGACAGGCUUCAGUAUUUAUGUUCAUAUUAUAGAUGCUCGCUUGAAUCUCAGGAGCACUGGUGAUUACAGCCAUCCAUGAAACCCAGUGGUGAGGUGGAAUGCCUGACUAAUGUUGAUUUUGAAUUUGCUUGCAUUUCAAUCAACCCCUGCCUUUAUUCCGUGUGUGUCUAAAUGGACAGAGGAGUUUGCUGUGCUUUCUGUGAUGAAACGACGUCUGUGUUCCUGCUGAUGCCAAAAUAAAGCGCAUUGAUUUCGA